AUGUCAACGCUGGUGAAAAACAAAACAAGACGGGCGGAUGCCAGGAUGGAUGAGCUGGUGCAGGACCUCGUGGAGGCUCUAGAGCAGUCCUCAGAGCAGAGUAAACUGGGAGAACUGUGGCAGGAGAUGGUGCUCAGUCCUCUGCAGCAGCGCAGGCAGGUACGGCGGCGCAGGGCACACCGCCGGCACCGGGACUCCUCCAUGUACCACUACUGGCUCGAGGCCUCCGAGUCCAGCAUGGAUGAAGCCUCCAGAGGCUACAGGAGGAGCCCUGCUGCUGUGGCAAACUGCAGUGACUCGGAUGAGCGCAGUACAAGCGGGCGAUGGCACAGGAUGAGGAGACGUCCUGCCAGAAGCCGGACCGCCUCGUGGCCCCACUACAACUCCUACACUGAGAACACCCCAGCAAGGCCGCUCAGGAGGAAGAGGAAGAUCAAACGAAUGACCUCUGAUGUCAGCUCCCGCACACAGCUCAAGCUGAGGGCUCCUAAUGUGGACCACAGACCGCCGCUAAGGAUGCAUCUGUCUGGAUCGAAGAACAGGUCUAGUGCGUGGCUGAGGACAGAGCAACCGACUGAAGGAGCCCGACUCCUGGGACAGGAGUGCUGGAAGAGGAAGCUCUCACGGGCCACUGAGCACCAGGAUGGAGCAGAGGAGAAGAUGUCAGAUGGAGAAACGAGUAGUACCUGUAGCAGUGAUCCUGGCCUCUUCACCAAUGAUGAAGGCAGACAAGGUGAUGACGAACAAAGUGACUGGUUUGUCGAGACGGACUGUGGAGUGAGAGCAGCCGUAACAAGUCUUCGGUCCAACUGGGACUCUGAAAACCCGCAGUCCCUGAAGGAAGCCAGCCCAUCAGCCACGUUCCUGCACCCAGCACAGCCCUCUCGCAGAGGAUAUUGUUCCCAUCUCACUGGCACCGCUUCCUGCUCCAUCACUAAGCAAAGGAGACGGAUCCCAACCAAGGGAGGCCGAAUACCCAUGUUCGUGAGAAGACUGAGACAUGUAUCUGAAGACCGCUAUCAAAGAGGGCCGAUUAACUACAACCCAAGAAUAGUUUGUACGGAAGACAUGAGACGGAGGAGGAGAAAACCAUCAUCCGUCGUAUCAGGUUGCAGUGUAUCUCAUAAAGACAACCCGUGA